GGGAGCUCGGUUUAUUCCCGGAGGGGACCCCUCUCGCCCCUUCCCCACGCGACUGAAAAGGGCCCGCGUCGCAGUUAGCGGCGCUGCGACCUCCAGGGCCGCCCCGGGUGCUCCUUGCUCUUCCCCUUCCUUUCUCCACCGCGGACGGGGGUGACGCUUCUUCCUGGCAGGCAGCGAGAGGCUGGUUUUCGUUCUCAGCCUUUUGCAGCCGCGAGCUGGUAGUUCUGCAGCUCUUGGGUGCUCGGCCUGUACACCCGGGGAGAACCGUGAGGGGAAAUUCCCCUCGCACCCGCCCAGGAUCCUGCACUGAGGGGUUCUGUCACAUGCUGUUAAAAGGUCAUAAUCUGACAACUCGCCAGCCUUUCCACCAACUCCUGCAGAAGAAACCAUCUCUUCCAUCUGCAGCAUGGCAUCGUGCAGUGAGAGGCAUGUUUAUUCAAACCCAGGACACACCAAAUCCAAACAGCUUGAAGUUUAUUCCAGGAAGGGAAGUGCUGGGGUCGAGGACUAUGGAGUUUUCCACACCAGCUGCAGCCUAUUGCUCACCUUUAGCAAGACAGUUAUUCCGGAUUGAAGGAGUGAAAAGUGUUUUCUUUGGGCCAGACUUCAUCACAAUCACCAAGGAGAGUGAAGACCUGGAUUGGAACUUACUGAAACCAGAUAUUUAUGCAACCAUAAUGGAUUUCUUUGCCUCUGGCUUGCCUGUAGUCACUGAUGAGGCACCCAGGACAGACACAGCUGCUUCAGAAGAAGAUGAUGAAGUUGUGCUGAUGAUUAAGGAGCUGCUGGAUACAAGAAUCAGGCCCACGGUGCAGGAGGAUGGUGGGGAUGUCAUUUACAAGGGCUUUGAGGAUGGCAUUGUGCAGCUGAAGCUGCAGGGCUCCUGCACCAGCUGCCCCAGCUCCAUCAUCACCCUCAAGAGCGGGAUACAGAACAUGCUGCAGUUCUACAUCCCCGAGGUGGAAGGCGUUGAGCAGGUUUUUGACGACGAUGAUGACGUGGAGAAAGAAGCAAAUUCUACUUGAGCUUCGUCACCUGUGGCCAAAUAAACAUUUACCUCCUGCUGUACGUAAAGCAUCUUUGUGCUGAGGAGCAACCAGAUCUGCCUUGUCAGAAAAACAGUUGUAGCUACUGUGAGAGUGCACCAUCAGUUCAAGCAGUUCACCCACUAAUUUAUUAAAUGCCCUGGAUUACAAAAAGAUUCUUCUGCUAUGUCUUUAGAAAGAAAUGGUGGGCUCAGAAAACAGUGAUGUGGUUUUUUUUGUUUUUUCACACAGAAACUUCAGUACUGAAAGAAAGAGAAGGCAGAAGAUCCUUGGCUUUUUUUGUGCAGUAGCAAUAUUAAAUGUUUAUUCCCCCAACUUGUGGGACUGACAGGACUGGCUGCCCUUACUCUGUAAAUGGGAGCUUCAGGAAUGUUCAUUUUAUCAAGUCUUGUUAAAAAGCUGCUGAUUCCUAUCAAACUUUUUUUGUGUGAAAGAUAACCUGUAAUAUCAGCUGUUCAUUUUGGGGGCUGUAACACUGCCAUGGCUUUGUGAAGUUACCUCCUUGCUCAUUACCACUGUGCAAAACCCUAGCAACAGAAACAAAAAAGGUUUGUUAUAAAAAUCAUACCUUCUAAAGCAAAUGUUAGAAAAGAAUGAUCCUUAUCAGCUUCAGCAGGAAGACUAAUGAGCUCGUUUAGCAGUAAAAUCGUUCAGCCAGCGUGCAGCAGCUGAUUCCCCAGCACGGGGGAAGGAGGGCCCGUGUUUGUGCUGCUCCUGCCACAUCCUGUUUGUCCUGGACGUGGCAGAGCAGGCUCCUGCAGUCCUGCACACGUGGCAGGGCAGUGUUUGCUGUUCUGACGUUGGAACACAUCAGUGGGGCUGUGCAAGGAGCUCUGUUUGCUCUGUGUGUGGGGGAAUGGUUUGUUCCUGGUGCCUGGCUCUGUGACCAGGAACUCUGGUCCUCCUCUGUGCUGCCACCACUGCUGAGGUUGUGCUCCUCGUUUGGCUUAGGAUUGCCUUGAGAGCCUCUGGUGUGUUCUCCUCCUUCCUCCCUUCCCAGGGUAAUUAUUCCACUGAUAAAUCCCUAAACAGGAUCAGUUCAGCUGGUGGAGAAUCUCCUCUAGAGCACCGCAUCAGCAUGUGGUAACUGUAAACUACCUAUUGCUUGGGAGAGAUUUGAAAAUAAAUAUUUUAGCUAAAUAAGCCAAAUAUUUCCUCAGCUUUCAGUAAUCACCCGCAGUUGUUUGACUCUGGCAAUCGGUGUGAAAUGACCAUGUUUUCUUUGAGUCUCUGGUGAACUGCUCGGGGGUAUUGGUGACAGAAUUCCCUGCUGCAGGGCAGGGAAGGUGGACUGCUUUGAAGCGCCAGGCUUCUCAUGUUCCUGAGACCUUCUCCUGUGCUCUGUGCCCAGCCAGGUUCUGGCAGCAAGCUCAAAGUACCGUUCUUUUAUGUGUCCUGAUGUUGUGGGUUGUUUUCUGUGCUUUUGAAGGAAAUAGUUCUUUAUUGAAACUCUAGUGCAAUAUAAAGCAGAAUGA